GAAUGCGGGGUCCGGGGAGACCAGAUAUAGGGAAUGCCGGGUCUAGGGAGACCAGAUAUAGUGUUAUGCAGGGGUCCUGGGGAGACCAGAUAUAGUGAAUGCAGGGUCCGGGGAGAGUGGAUAUAGUGAAUGCAGGGUCUGGGGAGACCAAAUAUAGUGAAUGCGGGGUCCGGGGAGACCGGAUAUAGUGAAUGCGGGUCCGGGGAGACCGGAUAUAGUGAAUGCGGGGUCCGGGGAGAGCGGAUAUAGUGAAUGCGGGGUCCGGGAGACCGGAUAUAGUGAAUGCGGGGUCCGGGGAGACCAGAUAUAGUGAAUGCAGGGGUCCGGGGAGAGCGGAUAUAGUGAAUGCAGGGUCCGGGGAGAGAGCGGAUAUAGUGAAUGCAGGGUCCAGGGAGAGCGGAUAUAGUGAAUGCGGGGUCCGGGGAGAGCAGGAUAUAGUGAAUGCGGGGUCCGGGGAGACCAAAUAUAGUGAAUGCGGGGUCCGGGGAGACCGGAUAUAGUGAAUGCA